UAUCUUAAAUGAGGUGGCAUAUGGUAGCAGCGCCACGUGAUACCACUGCAACUGUUGCGCGCGCAGUCUGUAAACCAGUACACAUCUCCUUCACAAGUUUAGAGGAAGAAGAAACACUCGGAGGAGAUGCCCACAAUCUGUCAUCGUUUUCCAUGUGAUCUUUCUCCUCUGGCCACCCAAUACUACAACACACUACGUUUCACUCGAAGUAGUUCAAUUCCGAAUCCCAUAAAUCGCAGGCGCAGGAUCAUCACACUCUCCACAUCCUCAGCUCCGGGAGAUGUCGACUUGAAUCCUCUGGUGUCUGCCCUGUCAAAGAAAGAUAGUCAAGCUGUGGAGGAGGCACUUGAUGAACUGGGCAAAGUCGGUUGGGCUAAAAGAUGGAGCUCUCAGCCAUAUGUUUCUCGCCGCACGACAUAUGUUCGAGAGCUCACAUCACUGGGGAUGAAAAAUGCUGAGAAUCUUGCAAUUCCAAGUGUUCGAAAUGAUGCUGCAUUUCUCUUCACAGUGGUAGGAACUACAGGGUUUUUGGGUGUUCUUGCUGGUCAACUCCCUGGGGAUUGGGGUUUUUUUGUACCCUAUUUGGUCGGGAGCAUUUCCCUGAUUGUUUUGGCUGUUGGAAGCGUUUCCCCCGGGCUUCUCCAGGCAGCCAUUGAUGGGUUUUCCUCAUUUUUCCCUGACUACAAGGAUAGGAUCACUAGUCAUGAAGCAGCUCACUUCUUAGUGGCAUACUUAAUUGGCAUUCCCAUCCUUGGCUACUCGCUUGAUAUUGGGAAAGAGCAUGUCAAUCUCAUUGAUGAGAGGCUGGAAAAGCUGAUAUAUAGUGGACAACUUGAUUCAAAAGAAUUAGACAGGCUAGCAGUUGUAGCAAUGGCCGGCUUGGCUGCAGAAGGUCUAAAGUACAAUAGUGUGCUGGGGCAAUCAGCAGAUCUCUUCACUCUUCAGAGGCUUAUAAACAGGAGCAAGCCGACACUUAACAAAGAGCAACAACAAAAUCUGACUAGAUGGGCAGUUCUAUUUGCGGGCUCACUGAUUAAGAAUAAUACAGGGGUUCAUGAAGACUUGAUGGCAGCCAUGUCCAAGAACGCGUCAGUAAUAGAAUGCAUAGAGACUAUUGAGAAUGCUGCGGUUGGUUGAGUUGUUUCUUUGUGUGCGCGAACACAUACAUUGAUACACAUGCACUUUUUACAAACGCACGACCACACCAUAAAUUGAGAGUGGGUCCCCUUGCUAUAUACCCAAUGAAGAAAAAAGAUAAACCUUAAUCUUGAAUAAUAUUGUGUUUUUCCAAACUAUCCUAGGAUGUGGGUGCUUCGGUAGGUGGGGCGACGACCAGGGUAUAACUUGCUCACGUCUCAUUACUUGAAUCAAAUAACUAUUUUCACUACAUUUGGGUUGUCAUCUCUAUGCUCGGAGAUGGUGUAGAAUAUGCACAGGCGUGUUGCAUUUUAUGCAUAUGAGUGGUGAUUAUUUUACUUGGUCCGUAAUUGGAUGGGAUGUGCCACCCCAACUCUUAGGGAUGUGCCAAAUAUGCGUGAGCCAGGUGAAGGUUGAGGUAUAAUAUGUGCUGAGAUCGCGCCGUGUGAUAUGGUAUGUGCAAUCACAUAGAUUUAGAGGCCCCGGUUCCAAUGCUCGUUUGAUACUAUACAGAGUAUAGAUGUAUAAUAACAAAAUAAUUCUCACCCCAAACGUUUCUUUUCAAAUUAUAUCAAUAAAUAAUUAAUAUUUGAUCCGUCCCUUAUUACUUUAGCAUUUUCC